ACUUUUUCUCGGGAUCAAAUAAAAACAUUGCGUUCUGUCAUAAUAAGAUUCAUACGAAUUUAUGUAAUAUUUUCUUGUUUUGAAUUUAUGCUCAGAUAAAACAUUGCAGUGAGAACAAAUCAAAAUGAGUGCAAUAACAAAUGAAUAUCUUCGGAAUGAAUCAAUCGCUUCGCAACCUUGGCCGUCGAAGGCAUUUCUAUAUCAACCAUACGAAGAGAAUCAGAUUCUGUUAGCGGAAAACGCAAGCUGUCUGGCUGUACGGACAUAUCUUACCAUGUUGAAACUACCAUUCGUCGUGAAGCAACAGGCCAACGCUGAAUUCAUGUCUCCCGGUGGCAAGCGUACCAAACUACCAGUCCUGCGGGUGGAAAACUAUAUUUAUGCCGAAUUUGAGCACAUUCUCAACUUCGUCGAGUUGAAAGGAUUCUCACUAUCGAAGAAUUUGACCCAGGCUGAAAAGGAUGAUAUGCGUGCCCAUCUCUGUUUAGUGGAAAAUUUUUUCACCAACGCAGAGCAAUACAUAAGCUGGGUGGAUGAGGAAGUGUUAACGAAGAUAACUAGACAGCGGCACGGAUGCGUGUAUCCUUUUCCAUUGAAUCACAUCCAAAACUGGCGCAAGCAAUGGGCUGUCCGUCGCCAGCUGAAAAUCGUCGAUUUUCUCAACCUAUCACUUGACGAGCUAGUUGAAAAAGUGGACAAAUUGUGCCUGUCCCUUAGUGCGCGACUGGACAAUAAACUUUAUUUUUACGGUGAUAAUCCAACCGAACUAGAUGCACUGGUGUUCGGUCAUCUGUUCAGCAUUUUUACACUGAAACUUCCAAACGAUGUGCUAGCUGUGACUAUCAAUAAAUACAGAAACCUUCGCCAGUUUUGUGAAAACAUAGAAGCUAAGUAUUUUGAAACGGUAGUGCCACCGAAAAGGGCAUAAGAUUCAUAAUUGUUGUAAUAAAGAAACUCCUUUAAAUAUUAUAA